AUGCAAAAAGUUUUUUUAGUACUCGUCCUUCUUGCCGUGGGGGCCACUGUUAAAGGUGAAGGACUACUUAAGCGUCUCGUCGACCAGCUAACACUCGAACUGGAAGAAAGAAAUGAACUUGCUGCCCUCGAACGGGAACUAGGCCUCGGGGUGCUGGUUCAGACUGAUGACAACAACCAAAAAGAAGAAGAAGUUUCAGUUGGUGGAUGUAAGGAUGAAGGAAAAUGGAGUUCUAAAUGUCAAUAUUGGCUGAGUCAAUGUGAAACAAGCUCAAGGGUGCAGAGAAUCUGCAAGAAAUCGUGUGGACUGUGUAAAUAAAACCCAAUCGGAACAUUUGACAUCAUGGAAAACGGCCAAGUCAGCUUCAUUAUUCAACUCCCUUUGAAUUUUGUAAAACUCAUGCACACGUAUAUUGUAUCAUUAUAAUAGAUGAAAAUGUCAUAAUAAAAAUGUGCUUAACUUUCAAACCAUUUAGACAAUAUUGUUUUAUGUUCAUAUAGUUCAUCUAUGUAGUGGUUACACUUGUAUCUGCUACGUGAAGCAGUUGGCUUACAAGUGUGACGGUUAACUAAAAGGGGAAACCUUAAUGUCUGUAUGAUAUACCAGCUAAUCUUUAUGUCUGUGUGAGUAGGCCUGUGUACCUCUGGUCAGUAUCAAUUGAAGGUUACGCAUUCAAGAUGGAGGAUGGAAAGUGUCGAUUUCGAUAUUUUUAGUUCUCAUCGUAUUAAACUAUUUUAUAGUUGACAUAAUGCUUUGAUAUUUGAACUAAACCAGGCUUAUAAUUUAAUUUU